ACUAAACUCUAUAAAACCCUAAAAAGGAAAAAGAGUUGACUGAAGAGGAAGAAAGAAGCAGGAAAAAAAAAAGAAAGAAAAGAAGAGAAAAAGGAAGUUUGUGGAUUUCGAGAAACGUACGUGGAAUGGCAAUGGGUCUAAUGGGCGAGCUGAUUUCUCAAACCCAUUUUCGUUUCUCCACUGCCCAGUUUUCUUCUAUCCUGUGGGUUUCCAGUUUUUCCUCUAACACCACUGCCUACCAAAACCAUGGGCGGUUUUCUGUCAACCCAAUACCACAAUCCGCUCUCCCAAAACCGGCUGCCCCUUCUUCUAUCUAUAUACCAUAUACUCUCUCACUCCUUCCAAUAAACCCACCAUUCUUCUCUCUCAUUUUAACAACGGUUUUUUGUUGACGUUACGAGUUUCUGUAUCUGGGUUUGGUUCUAUUUCUUGAUUUAGAAACGGCUAAUCGAAAGAAUUGGGGGGUGGUUUUAAUGGAAAACAAUAGUUUAGGCGGCGGCGGCGGCGGCGGUGGUGGGGUGGGUGGGUAGUGGAGGAGGAGGAGAGGGAUUUUUCAGGCAUGAAUUCGUCAAUGUUGGGAUUGGAAUUACCACUUCAUCAAAACCCAACAAAUCCCCCAAAUCCUCACCAAUUACAUCACCCUCCAAUCGUAUCUUAUGUCUCACACGACCCCCACCACCACCAACAGCCGCCGCCGGUCUCCUUGAAAUACCCCUAUCCGACGAAGCCUAAGCCGCAGCAGUCGAAUAUUAGUGACGACGAGGAGCAGGGGUUUGCGGCGGAUGACAGUAACGGAGAUGGCAAGAAGAAAAUUUCGCCGUGGCAGAGGAUGAAAUGGACGGACAUGAUGGUUAGGUUGCUGAUUACGGCGGUGUUCUACAUCGGCGACGAAGGUGGGUCGGAGCCGGCGGAUCACGCCGGGAAGAAAAAACCAGUGGGGUUACUGCAAAAGAAGGGGAAAUGGAAAUCGGUAUCCAGAGCAAUGAUGGAAAAAGGAUUCUACGUUUCACCACAGCAAUGCGAAGACAAAUUCAACGAUUUAAACAAAAGAUAUAAACGGGUUAACGAUAUUUUGGGGAAGGGCACAGCCUGCAAAGUCGUUGAAAAUCAAACGUUACUAGAUUCAAUGGAAUUAACACCGAAAACGAAAGAAGAAGUACGAAAACUACUCAAUUCUAAACAUCUUUUUUUUAGAGAAAUGUGCGCUUACCACAACACUUGCCGUCACGGCACCACCCACCCCUCGCCGGACACCGCAGCAGAACCAUCCCACCUUCCACAACAACAACAACAGCAACGAUGCUUCCACGCGACAGAGACUACGACCUCCGCCGCCGCUGUAGCGGCCGGCGAGUGUUCGAAAAGCGGAGAUGAAGAGGAGGAAGAGGAGGAAGACGACGAAUCGGAGGAGGAGGAGGAGGAAGAGGAUGAGGAAAUUGAAGGAAGGCAAGAAGAGGAGGAGGAAACGGAAUCGAGGAAGAGAGCGAGGAAAGGGGGGAUUACGGCGGGGAUGCAGCAGUUGAGUGCGGAGGUGAUGGGAGUUGUACAGGACGGCGGGAGGAGUCCAUGGGAGAAGAAGCAAUGGAUGAAGAGCAGGUUGAUUCAGCUUGAAGAACAGCAAGUGAGCUAUCAAACGCAAGCAUUCGAGCUGGAGAAACAGAGGCUAAAAUGGGUGAAGUUCAGGAGCAAGAAGGAGAGGGAUAUGGAGAGGGCGAAGCUGGAGAAUGAGAAGAGAAGGCUGGAAAACGAGAGGAUGAUGCUGAUGGUAAAGCAGAAGGAGUUGGAUUUGAUGAGUAUGCAUCAUUAUCAGCAACAGCAGCAGCAGCAUUCGUCGAACAAGCGAGGGGAUCCAUCAUCGAUUACAGGAUGAAGAAGAAGAAGAAGAAAAGGAUUAGGAUUAGGGUUUAGAAUUUAGAAUUUAAAAUUUAGGGGUUUUGAAUUUGUGGGGGUUGUAAUGUAAUUUAGAGAAGUGUAAAUCCCGUUUGGUUAAUUUUAUUUUUUUCUGGGUUCGAAAUUUAUUAUCGAUGAACAUCUUGUCUGAUAGAUGUCGGAUGAUCCUAAGAAGGCUCCCCACAA